AAGUGUACGUGCACGCUGUCCGCCUCGCUCUGCAACCCUUUCGUCGUCGACAAGGAAACUCGCCUGGCGAACGAAAGCCAAAAGCAGGCGAGCAGGCUCGACUUUGUUUUAUUCUUUUCUCUUUCCCUCGAAGACUACCUUAUCCUACAGCCACAGGCCGCUCACUCUCCUUCGCCAGAAUAAUCUCCGGUUCGCUUCCCCGUCCCUGUCUUAUGGACGCCCCCAAUCUCGUCGUCGUACCUCCAACUCCGCAAUACUCUCCUCAUUCUUAUACCCCCGCUGGAUAUCAGCCCCGUACUGCCCCUCCAACGCCAGAGCUCGUCCAGACGUCUUCAAUUGACCAAGAACGCAGUUCCUCCGAGACGACCAUUGAUAUAGUUACUAUUUAUUCAAUGUACGGAGAGGAUGCCGCCUCUCCUCCCACAGAUACCCCACUCAAACAGUCCGGCAAUGGCUCAUCUCCCUUCCCAACGUUUGCCGACGAUGGCCUGCAGAUUCAGAACACGCAUAGCGGCACAUCGUAUUACAGUGCUUCGUCUGACAGCAGGCCACCGAGCAAGCGGUCCACUCCCAUAGGACGUAUAUCGACCACCGUGUCACAGUCACCCGGAAGAGACUCGACCUCGAGCGAUGCCAGCUCUAUCUACGGCGGUCUCUCGACAGACAGGUCUCACCCACGUCACCAUAGGACAAGCUCCCAGCCCAAGGGGCCAAGGGAAAGGCAUAGCCGUGCUUCCUCGAAUUCGCUGGCACGUCCAAGCGCUUCCCAUGACGGCGAACCUUCUCACCUCUCCCCGAAACCUACGCCUUCGCCUCCACGUACUUCCUCUCAGUACUCUCAGAAUGGGAAUGGUGCUUCUUUGUCAAGCGAGAAACGGCAAUCCAGCCGCGCCACACCGCCACUCUCGCCAUCCCUUUCUCCGAAUCUACCUUCUCCGCCUCCUAUCCCAGACUCCUUCUAUCAGACACAUACACUCGGUCGAACAAAGAGCAAGAUAUCAAUAGCUCCGUCUGAGGGUGAAGAUCCGGACUCCUGGCACGUCAGGAGUACCUACGCGCACCUCGAGGUGUUGGGUGUUAAGGGAGAUGGAUACGAGGAGGGGGUUGAGCGUACCCGCGCGAGGUUAGGACAGAGCAGAGCGAGCGAACUUAUGGGUGAAAGUGCUCUGGGGAGCGAUGCGGACAAAAAGCGCGAGCUCAGUCCGCAGGAGGUGGAAAUGUUGGCCAGCUUAGACCGCUAUGGAUUCUUCACCACACCAUCUCACGACCGUCUAGUUCUGUUACCGAGCGUCGCUUUCGCAAGACCUCUCGCGCGCAUACCUAGCUCCCCGACGAAUGGGGCCCCCAGUCCGGCUGCCCUCCCUUCCCCACGACCGCCAAACCCGCUUAUACAUGAAACUUCCCGUGUCGAGAAGUGGCAGCGCAUGCUGGAACCUCAAUCCCGCGACAAGGGAGAGAAUAUCGAGACGUGGGGUAUCAAGGCCGCGAAAGAACCCAAAUUACGCCCUCGAAUAUACAAGGGAAUUCCUGAUCGGUGGCGAGGUGCGACAUGGCAGUUGCUCAUGAGUAGGUUCUCUAAGACAGGGAGGGAAGCUCUCCGUUCAUACGCGGAUGAAUAUCACCAAGCUCUGGAGAGACCAUCACAGUAUGAUAUCCAAAUCGACUUGGAUGUCCCGCGGACAAUAAGCGGGCACAUACUGUUCCGCACGCGUUAUGGUCAUGGACAACGGUCAUUGUUUCACGUUCUGCACAGUUUCUCUCUGCGUUGUGACGAGUGCGGCUACUGUCAAGGGAUGGGUCCUAUCGCCGCCAUGCUACUAUGCUACUUCGAACCCGAACGCGCCUAUGCAUUUUUGGUCUUGCUCCACGACUCUUAUAAAAUGCACUCAAUAUUUAGCCCCGGUUUCCCUGGUCUCCUCGAGUCAAUAUACGUGCAAGAACGAGUUAUGGAAGAGAUGCUCCCCGACGUCUAUGCGGCAUUCAAGAAACAUAUGAUCUCGACUACCUCUUACGCCACUAAAUGGUAUAUCACGCUGUUCGCGAAUUCCGUACCCUUCCAAACGUUGCUUCGGUUGUGGGACGUCUUCCUACUGGAGGGGCCCGAUCUCUUCGUCGUAGUCGCUGUUGCUGUUGUAUGGGCGUAUCGAGAUCACAUCACGUCUUCUCAGGCUAGUUUUGAGACGAUACUGUCUUUGCUUUCUUCUUUCUUUGUGCCCGAGGAUGAGAACGUUCUGCUGUCCUGGAUCGGGAAGGUACUCGAGGGACCAGAACUACGUGGGCGGAUGCAGGGGUGGAGGCAGGAUUGGAAGCAACUGGUGGCUACUGGCAAGGAUGGCGAGGCUCUUAUUUAAGUCGGUUUUCCUAUCUCUAUCUUAUAUACAUGGGUACUCGGUCUCCACGCUCAUUUCAAGCUCUCUUUUCGUCGCCUUCUCACUUCGCAUUUCCGUCGCAGCACUCUUCCUGACCUUUCUCCCUCAAUUUAUCUCAUUUAUUUCUUUAUUGAUGAUUCCUUUUUAUCCAUCAUUUUCCUCUGAUUUGCAUCAUCGAUUCCCUCAUGCGCAUGCAUUACAUACAUCCCCGUUCUCGCCUUCGUUUCCCUCCAAGACUCUAAUCAUCCGUCCGGACCUCUCUCGUUCUUCUUGCAUCUCCGUCUCCGUCUCUCUCUCACUUACUCAUCGCAGCGUCUGAUUUCUUGCAUCGGCACACAGCUUUGUACUAUAUUCAAGUCAGUAAAAGCAGAUUGGGCCAUACGCCAGCAUCGUGCAUUCCUUUCCUU